AUGUCUGCAAGCCACAACGAAGUCACAGACGCUCGACCGGGAGCUCUGCUUCCGACAAAUGUUACACUCGGCUGCGCACUGUUUGCAAGUGACAGCCGAGGCGACAAGCGGAAGGUCGAGGUGGGUGCCGCGUAUGGACACGCGGAAAAAGAAAAGGAGCGAGCUCGGCGAAAAUGGAGGCCCCGUCGGCGACGAGCGGACAAGGCUGCGGACGAGGUCACGCACGCGGCGCACCCGGAGAAGUUGAACGGCGAGAGGUACAGAUACAGCACACCGAAAAACGGAUGCGAGGAAGACGGCGUGCGCAACGGCAACGCGGGACGGACGAGGCUGGACGGCGAGCACACCGGCGACGGCUUGGCGCUGGACGAUGUUGCGGGCAGUAGUGGGAGGGAUGCCGUUGCAGUCAGCAACCAGCACCCAGUCACGCCCUUCUCGGUGUGCAUCGAGCACACGCGUGCGGGCCGCAAGCCCAUGCUUCGGCUCUUGGGGCAUGUUGCCGGCGGAGACACUGCGAAAGGAAAUCACUGGGAUGUGGUGCAGUGGCUGCACGAAAGGACUAAGAGUCUUGCGGAGAUAAAAAUGCUGGACGAAGAAGUGGUGAACGCUGCGUUCGUUCAGAAUAAUUUGGAGCAAGCGAAGUGGGCAAUCUCGCGCGGUUAUGGGGUGGGGGAGCUGAGCUUCACAGAGUGCUCGGAAGUGGAGUGGGAGAUUCGAUCUGAGAUAAUUCGGUUCAUAUUGGAGGGGAAUUACGGCAACACAGUGCGAAUCGCCUGCUCCGCACUGAAACAAGCAGAUAUUGGGGACGUGAACUUUGUCAAGUGGCUGCUGACUCUCUUCGAGAUCAAAAAUGCAGCAGCGGUGGGUGAAGCAAUAACUGCUGCCAGUGCUCGAGGUCACUUUGCAGUGGUGAAGACGCUGCUAUUAUACGCGCGAUCGGUUGAACUGUCCUAUGACAGAUCUGAGGCCAUGUUUGCCGCAGCUAGACAUGGAAAGCUGGAGAUGGUGCAGUGGUUGUUCACGCGCCAUCCUUUAGAACGAGCCUCGGAUCUAUUUCACGAGCAAUCGCGUGGUAAAAGUGCUGACUGUCCGACAACAACUACUGCUAUGGAUGUUGCGGCUGAGUAUGGGCAUCUGGAGGUGCUUGCAUUCCUGCAGACCGUUGAUCUUUUUGCGGGGAAGCGACGGAAAGUUGGGGGUCAGGAAGUUUACUUUCAGCUCGGUCAUUUGCAGUGCACAACGAAUGCGAUGGACACUGCAGCUGCAAAUGGUCAUUUGACGGUAGUGAAAUAG